AUGGCCAUCACAUCUAACAUGACCGAGUUCAUCAUCACUGGGCUCUUCCAGGAUGUACAGGUGCAGAGAGCGUGCUUUGUGCUCUUCCUUCCCGUGUACCUGGCCACGCUGGUAGGCAAUGGCCUCAUUGUGUUGACCGUCAGUGUCAGUGAGAACCUGCGCUCCCCCAUGUACUUCUUCCUGGGCUACCUGUCCCUGGUGGAGAUCUGUUACUCCUCCACAGUGGUCCCCAAAUUCAUCGCAGAUCUACUUGCCGAGAUUAAAACCAUCUCUUUCAAGGGUUGUCUGUCUCAGAUAUUCUUCUUCCACUUCUUUGGGGUCUCCGAGAUCCUUCUGCUCACAGUUAUGGCCUAUGACCGCUAUGUGGCCAUUUGCAAACCUCUGUACUACACAAUCAUCAUGAGCCGACCUGUGUGUUACCGCUUAGUGGCUGGUUCCUGGAUGGGGGGCUUUUUUCAUUCCAUAAUUCAGAUUUUUAUCACCAUCCCUUUGCCUUUCUGUGGUCCCAAUGUGAUUGACCAUUACUUCUGUGACCUUCAUCCUUUAUUCAAGACUGCAUGCACUGACACUUUUAUGGUAGGAAUUAUUAUGUUUGUCAACAGUGGAUUAUUCUCUGUAUUCUCCUUUCUCUUCUUGGUGUGCUCUUAUGUUGGCAUCCUGGUCAGUUUGAGGAAUCAUUCUGCAAAAGAGAGGCACAAAGCCCUCUCCACCUGUGCCUCUCACAUCAUUGUGGUCAUCUUGUUUUUUGGGCCUGCUAUCUUCCUCUACUUGCGUCCCUCCUCCACCUACACUGAGGACAAACUGGUGGCUGUGUUUUACACGGUCAUCACCCCCAUGCUGAACCCUAUUAUUUACACACUCAGAAAUGCAGAGGUGAAAAUUGCCAUGAGGAAGUUGUGGGGCAAGUGUGUGAACUUCAGUGUGAAAUAG